AUGGACGAGGUGGAAGCCCCCUGGCUUUUCAAUGAAGCUCAACAAGCAUUAAACCGGGCUUCGGUGCUGCACAACGAGGCUUUCCUCCGAUAUCGGGAGGAAUUAACUGGUCACGAGGCCGAGGUCUGGGACCUCACUGAGAAAAGUGACACCUACAAGCUUCUUAGUGAGAAGCUUCAGGACGAUUUAGUAACGGCUCGGGACGAACAUGCCGAGCAGGUAUACCGAAUGCUUCACGGUAGUGAGGACGAACUGGAGAUAAUGACUAACGAUCCGAUUCUGCAGGUUCAGCAGAGGCUUGAACAAAUCGGGGAGCUUCAGAAACAAGUAGAUACAAUUCGAGCUGAGGCUGAGGAGUUCAAGAAAAAUAUGGACAUCUUAGCCUCAAAAAAGGAAGCUGCGCAAACACAACUGGAGUCGACCGAGAUCCAACUCCGAGCUGCAAGAGAGAAGGCCUCGGUGCAGGUCAAGAAAAUCGACGAGCUUCAGUCCCAAUUAGCAAACUUGGCCAAUGAGCUCGAGGCGGCCAAAUCUGAGGUGGCCGUGGCCAACACCAAGGCCCAUGCUAAUAACGCCAAAGUAGAGGAAGCCAGGGCUCAAAAGCUGGCCUUUCCCGAGGAAGACUCAGAUAGUUUAAGUGAGUCUGAAGGCGGGGAAGAUCCUGAGGGUGGAGAUGUUGCCUCCGAUGAAGACCAGGCCACUUAG